UGAAAAAUCAUAUUGCUGGACUUGUAGUUCUAUUAAUCUUCAGCACUGAAACAGUUAAUUGCUGAAGACCUUGCUGGGCUUGCAGUUUCCCUCCCACAGGAAGAAGAAAGAUUCCUGCCACCAAUAGGAGAGCAGCUUUCAGACUGAGGAGUUGCAGCCAAUGAGAGAAAGACUGACUUCUGAAAGAAGGAAAAGGAAGAGGGAGAACUUCCAGGAAGGCAGAGAGAUCUGGGGGAGAUAGAGCUGUGCUGCAUGUGAGAUGGAAUCCUCUCUUCACAGAGACCAGUGACUGUCUGCUAUCUGAAGAGGAGUGUUACAGAUCACACCACAUGGUGACUGCUUAGUCUGCUCUAUAUCUGGAGAAACUGUAAGCAGUUUUCAGUGAGUGCUACCUGUUGAUUUUGACUCUCACUUAAUCAGGCAUUGCAGGGCUUUAUACAAGCCAGUAACAAUUAGGACUAGAGACAGGACUUUUAUAUCUGCCUGCCUGCAAUCCAUUCUGAAGGGUAAAGGCCUAUUUGGAGAGGAUUAUUCAUAUAUCACCAAUAUUCAUAUAUCGGCAAUAAUUCAGCUUGUGUCAUUUUCUGCGUGUGCUCUCCUGAGUGAAGCCUCCCACUACAGCCUGGUGGAUCACAACUACCGUUUAUUUGCCUUGUGGAUUACAAAUACUGGUUUAUAUAUGAGCUCCAACUGCCGGCCUUACUGCUAUUAUUAACAAUGGCCAGUGUUCAGGGAAUUUGACUUAAACAUUAUCUGAGUUGACUAGAUCAGUCUGUUUAUUAUUCACUGUCAUUUUCUAACAUUUGAUAUUACAUUAGUGGUAUAACUGUGUGUUCAGAUGCUUUGACUUAUUUGUUGAAACAUAUUGCUAAAAGAGAGAUUGUUCAAUUUAUCCUAUUACUGGGUCUUCGGAUCUGAUAAAAGUGCUUGGCAUUACACUGCUGGUUUAUGUGUAUCACUGGGGGUUGUGGGUGUCACCAGAGGUGGACGAGAGCAGGACCCAUCUAACACAGCUACACCUACGGGUGCGCUACAAUUGUAAGACAUGGCUGUUGUAACCAGAACAGGUUUCCGUGGUUGCAGCAGCAGUUAAAUCCCACAUUACCCCCAUGUGCUGUAGCGCUUAGGGAAAUGGUAGAUUGAGUGUUUUUUUAUCAAUAGGAAAUCGCAUGCCAAAGGGCAACAGACUAUAAAGAUUACCUUUUAAUUGCAGGUAAAACUGACUGCUUGCAUAAUUGCAUGAAUGCUUCCUUCCAUAUUUUGCAUAAAUAAUUUUUUUUAUCUGCAGCGCCUCACAUAAAAGCAAUAUAAAGGUGUUCUCUUUUGCCUCAAGGGUUAUGAAAUGCAAAUUCUGCCAUUUCCCUUAAAAUUGGAAGCAAUAUUGGCACUUGAAAAAUUAAGGUGGACAUACAUGGGUAGAUUUUGUCGUGUUGACAAUUCAAUAAAAUUGUCUGCUUAUCGAUACACUGAUGGGGUUGCCAGUAAUCAUAUUGUACAGACAAAAUCGUCCCAACAAUCAGACAGGUUUUAAAAUUUUCAUUGUGAAACUACGAAAUAGGACACUUGAGUGGACAUUCUGAUAAGCAUUGUUAAACGAUCGUUCAUUGCCCAUGCCUUUUGCAAAAGUAAACAAAGGGACAGACCGCCAUCGGUAAAUAUCAAAUUUUUUAGCCUACACAACAAAGCUACAACAAAAGUCUGGAUGGUGAAUUGUUCGUUCACAUGAUUGUUUAGCCUAUAGGGUUGUUCACAGAGCAACAAAAUCCACCAGUGUAUGGCCAGUUUUAGAAGCUAGAAAUUGUUUGCCUCAUGUCAAAUUUGUAUAUUUUUUCAUGACAGAAUCCUUGUGAUAUUAAGUUUUUGAUUAUAUUGUUGCUAGGGGAGGGCAGAAUGACAUCAGCUUCAUUCAUUUUAGCAAAAUAAUGUGGCAGCAUCUGACUGGUGUUAUUUAGUAUGUAAUCCGGCCCUGCAAGCAAAAAGAGUUAAAGGGUAAUCAUUAAUAUUUGCUGGUGACUUUCAAUUCUGGAUUCUCACAGUGAUGUUUUCUGAUAUUGUGUUUUUUUUAUUCCUUAUAUUAGCAGUAGCUAUGCACAAACAAAUACAUUUAGAAGCAGAUUCAGAAUGGACCAACAGAGAGAAACCAGGCAGGCAACAUUCCUCUCCAGGCGAGGCUUAAAGGUGCAGACACUGAUGGAGAUGGAUCAGCAUUUAGAUUUGCCAAAGUUUAGCAGGACACCUCCAUGGAGAACAUCUGUAAGUGGUGGAGGGACACUGACUGUUUCCAUAGAUAAUCCAUCUGCUGUAACAUUACCCAGCUCUUUGGGUUCUAGGUUGCCUCGACCUCCAUUUCCAUUCCUAAUAAAGAAAGAAGGAGCAGAAACAAAGGUUCCGAAAGGUGUCCCUCUAGAAUUUGAUAUAAAAAAAUGUGGCAAAACAGACUGGAAUCACACUAAAUGAACGCUUCAAGAUUUUGAAGGAGCAAAGACUGUCCCAGGCUUUCACAAAAGGGAGCAGUUUUGUGACAAUUGGUUGAGUUAUCUUCUGCCAAAAGGCUCAUUUGUGGUUUUGUUCCUGUUUUGUUUUUCACUUUGACCCGUUGCUGAAAGGUUGUGCACCAAGGCUGCAGCUUUUCAAACUACCCUUUUUUUCCUUUUGGAGGAAAGUUGAGAACUUUUUGUAUUGUUUUUACUGUGAAAUACACAUAAAGUGACAUUUUAUCCAGGAAAACUGGGUUAUGACUUCAUACAUUUUCAGGCAGAAUUCUAUACAAAGCCUUGUCCUAAGUAAAGAAACCUUUAUGCGUACAAAAUACAUUAACACUAGAUUUUUAUUUUGUUGGACAUGGUAUUCGUAUUAAAAUAGAAACAAGAAUGAUUACCCUGUCUUUCUUGUACAGUUUUAUUGUACAAUUUUAUUUAUUCUUUAUGAUCCCCCAAAGACCACUUGGAGUCCUCUGGGACUAAAAUUUACACAGUGCUGAACAGGGAUGUAUUCUGUAGUUUCACAAAUGAUUUUGCUUGUUUCUAAUGUUGCAAAUCAUUUGCAUUCAUUGCAAUCCCUGCAGUUCUAAUUAGAAUUCUGAUAUUAAUACAAACAUUAUAGCAAAAGAUCUACCUGAUAUAAAGUCCUGAUGUUUCGCAGCAUAUCUGUCAAAGACUGUGAUACUGCACAGUGCUGCUUUUUUUUUAUUUUUUAUUAUUAUUGGAAGACUUCUAAGAUACAGAACCCAGAGCCUAGUGGCUACAUGGAGAAUUGCCAAUUGGGAAGUUUAAGGUGUUUGUGAUCGUUACAAAUUCAGGUAGCUAACUUAUGGGGGCAAACACCCUAGGUUUUUUUUUUCCAAGUGUGCGAAUGGAGGCAUUCUUUUGAUACUCCACUUGACAUAGAAGGUAUGCAGCAAAAUUCUGUUUGGUGGUGUUGAUAACGCAAUGUCACUUUUUUCAUAAUAAAUUGUUCUGCACUUUG